AUGGAUUACAAACCACGUAUUGCAAUCAUUGGCGCUGGUGUUACUGGUUUGACUGCCAUUAAGCAAUGUUUAGUUGCUGAAUUGGAACCAAUCUGCUUCGAACAGACAGCUCAGACCGGCGGAUUAUGGAGAUACACUGAAAUCACCGACGAAAAUCAGAAUCCUCAUUCUUCUGUAUAUCGCAGUACCGUCAUCAACACAAGUAAAGAACAUAUGACAUUUUCUGAUUUUCCAAUUCCAGAAGAUUGGCCACCAUUUCUUCCGCACUAUAAAGUAGCCGAGACUAAUUGCAUACUCUCUCCAAGGUACUAUGACAUGUAUGCAGAUAAAUUCAGGCUAUGGCCGCAUAUCAGAUUUAAUACAACCGUAUUGA